AUCACUCUGUUUACUAAAAAAAUUUCAGGGCAGAGCCUUAAAAGCCCAUUUUUGACUAAAAUCUUCAUUCCAACUCACAAAAUGUCGAUAAAAAAUGACAUAAAAAUCAUGCCAAAGGCAGUUGUUGUCGAUGAAUGUACUUUAAGGGGUGACAUCACUAUCGGAGCAGGAUCUGUUGUUCAUCCCGGAGCUUGUAUUAUCGCUGAAGGAGGUCCCAUCAUAAUCGGCGAAAAUUGCAUCUUUGAAGAGUAUUCAACGAUCAUUAAUAAAACCCUGCCAACGGAUUCCGAGCCUGUAACGAUGACAAUUGGUCCAAAUAACAUUUUUGAAGUCGGUUGUCGGAUCGAAAGUCGAAAUAUCGGAGAAAAAAACAUUUUUGAGUGCAAAAGUUUCGCAUCGCCCAACGUGAAAGUAGGCAAUGGAUGCAUAAUUGGAGCUGGAUGUCAAUUGCAAGGCGAACAAGAGUUGAAAGAAAAUACCGUGGUGUUUGGGAAGGAUUGUCAACAACGUGAAGCGAUCGAGAAACAAGGUUCACACAUUUUGCAAGUUGAUUUUCUGAGGAAAGUUCUUCCGAAUUAUCAUCAUUUGAAGAAUAAAAAGAAACCGGGCGCUUAAAUAAUCUCUCAC